GCCCCGAACCUCGCAGUGUCCGCCUUGUGAGCGGCGGCGGGGUCGCUCCGUGGAAGAAAAAGAAUUUCUGCUUCACCUGUCAAGUUUGCGAGCAUCCCCCAUUGUCCAUCUCUCCUGGACCAGAGGCUCCCCCUUCUGUUCAUGUGUUUCCAUGGAGCCUCCUGCUGAUCCCCAGGAAUUACAGAAGCUACAGACGAUGGUGACACGCCAUCUGACACACUGUCCCCAGGAUGCAAUUACCUUCCACGAUGUGGCCGUGAUCUUUUCCCCGGAGGAGUGGAUGUGCCUGGACGCCGAUAAGAGAAAGCUGUACCGAGACGUGAUGCUGGAGACCUACCAGCACCUGCGGGCCGUUGGGCAUUCAGGGAUGAAGCCUGAUGUGAUCUCUUGGCUGGAAGGAGGAACCCUGAGGCUGGGGAGGAGAGGCGUGUGUGCAGAACUCAAGCUGCAGCUUCAGGAUUUGGCAUUGCAGCAAUUUGAUUUGGGAACGGAGUCUCUGAAUAGGAGUGACCUGGGAAGCAGCCAGCCCAGGUGGAAUGUCUCUGAUCCUGCACUCUGUGACAAAGUCUCGAGUGAGCAGUCCUGCCCUCAUCCCCAUGAGGAUGCCAAGACAGGUGGUAUAUCUUCUGAGGGUGAUCAGAAUGGAAAGAGUGACGUCACUCUGAAGAAGCCCUCCCCCGGGAAAUGCUCCUCACAAUCUGUUGUCCUCAGUUUUAGGACACAAACUCCCUCAGCAGGGCAGCCCCUGGAUUGUGAAAAAGGAGUACCAUUUAUAGUGAGUCAGUCAUGCAAACAUGCCCACAAGCAAAGGCACCAUGGACUGAACCCAUCCAAGAGUAACCAUUGUGGGGGAGCCUUCCCAUGUUCUCGGCAUCUUGAUCUUCCCUUAGAAAAUCACAGUGUUCAGGAUCCCCAGGAUUGUCCACAGCGAGGACAAAAGUUCAGUCAGGCGACUUCGUGGUAUGAUAGUCCAAAGAAACACACUGGGGUGAAACUGUCUAUGUGUAAGGACUGUGGAAAGGCCUUUAGUUGCUACUCAAACCUUUCUCGUCACAGGAAAAGUCAUUCUGGAGAGAAACCAUAUUCAUGUCAGGACUGUGGGAAGGUCUUUGCUUAUUACUCAAGCCUUUGUACGCACAAGAAACAUCACACUGGAGAGAAACUGUAUCUCUGUAAGGAAUGCGGGAAGGCGUUUGCUUAUUCCUCAAGCCUUUUGAAUCAUAGAAGAAUUCAUACUGGAGAGAAGCCUUGUGUAUGUCAGGAAUGUGGGAAGGCCUUUAGCACAUCUUCAGGACUUACUGUUCAUAGGAGAAUUCACACUGGAGAGAAACCUCAUAAAUGUAAGGCUUGUGGAAAGGCCUUCACUCAUCGGUCAGUUCUUACUGAGCAUUUGAAAACUCAUACUGGAGAGAAGCCUUAUGCAUGUCAAGAGUGUGGGAAGGCCUUUAGCACAUCCUCAAAACUUACUUUACACAGGAGAGUUCACACUGGAGAGAAACCAUAUACAUGUAAGGAAUGUGGAAAGGCCUUCAGUAGCACCUCCAGCCUUCAUCAGCAUAGGAGUUUUCAUACUAGAGAGAAACUUUUUGCAUGUGAGGAAUGUGGGAAGACAUAUUUUCAUUCCUCAAACCUUUGUAGUCAUAAGAAAACACACGCUAGAGAGAAACCUUAUAUUUGUCCGGAUUGUGGGAAGGCCUUCUCUGUAAUUUGGUACCUUACUAAGCACAGAAAAAUUCAUAGUAAAGAAAAACCUCAUAAAUGUCACACAUGUGGAAAGGCCUUCAGUCUGUCUUCAGGCCUUAGAAUUCAUAUGAAAAUGCACACUCAAGAGAAAUCUGUAUGUUAAGUAUGUGGGCAGGCCUUCCUAUUUCCCUCAAGGCUUAGAAGACAUAGUAAAAUUCACGUUAGAUGACUUGAUCCCCUAAUAACAGUCCCUAAAGUCGAAACAGGCCCCCUGAGUAAAACAAGUAUCCUUUGUCCAAGGUUGAUCAGGGGUGCUACAAAAGUGCAGCUAAAAAGGAAAUAAUCCUAGUAUGUGACAAGCUUCUCAUGCCGGUAUCAUCACGGAAAGGCACUUGGUGAUUAUCACCCUGACUGCAGCCAUACCAGUGUCCUGCCAUUUGGACAACAUGUCUGUGUUAACUUGUAAAUAAUGGGUCUUGGUUAUGGAACCCAGGAGGAAGGUGAUGACAUAAACAGCUGUACCAUGUCAUUCUUUGCUCUCUCUCUGACUUGGCUCAGAGGCCCUGGUUAAUAGGAAUUUAUGGCAGAGAUCAAACACAAUGCUUCAGUGAAUCCUUUGAAGUUGGAAAAACAUGCACACCUUCAUUUUUCAGGCUUUCCUGUGUUAUGUUUUGGGGGAGCCACACCUUGCUGUGCUCAGACUUUACACUGACUGAGCUCAGGAAUUCAUACCUGAGAGGCAUGGAACAAGGGAUACUGGGCUUAGAAUCCAGGUCAGCCUUGUGCAAGCAAAUGCUUUAUGGGCUGUAUCAUUUUUGCACUUUUUUUUUCUUUUUGGGUCACACCGGGCGAUGCACAGGGAUUACUCCUGGCUGUACACUCAUGAAUUACUCCUGGCGAUGCUCAGGGGACCAUAUGGGAUGCUGGGAAUUGAACCCGGGUUGGCCAUGUGCAAGGCAAACGCUCUACUCGCUGUGCUAUUGCUCCAGCCCCAUUUUUGCACUUCUUACAUUCAUAUUUUCUUAGAAAAUAUGAAGAAAAAUAUUCUAGAAAAAUAUCAUUCUAUGCAAAUGGCCCUGGCAAGGUUCUUUAAUAGGGUCGUUGGAGGCAGUUUAAAUGAAUUUUGCUGUUUGUAGAAAGAUAUUUGCAGUUUCUUGUAAAAGAAGAAAGUGGCUCUAGGAAUUAAAUGUUUUACAAAUGUUGGGAACCUGGGAGGGCCCCCAAGCUCCUGCCAUUUCAGCAGGUUGUGAUUCUUUACAAUAAAGGUGAUCACAUUCCUGGA